AUGAGCGACGCAGCUCCAGCACUUUUGAUCGUCUUGAUCACCAUUCUGUUUCCUCCUGUCGGUGUUGCCAUGGUCGCAGGCUGCGGUUUCGAUCUCUUUGUCAACAUUUGCCUCACCAUUCUGGGCUACUUCCCAGGCCAUAUCCAUGCCUUCUACCUCGAAUACGUCUACUUCGAUCGCCGAGAUCGCGCUCGACGAGGCGAGCUCACCGGGCAGCAGGCGCCUGGCGUAUACAGCGAUCGCGUACAGAGCGGCGGUUUGCGCCAGCAGGGCUAUGGAACCCUAUAA